AUGUUAACUUAUUUCUGUGCAGUAACGUUCGGAGCUGAAAGUCUUCACCGAUGUAACAAAGAUUUUGAGGCGACGAUGGAAUUUUGUUUCAAACAGAACAAACGUAAUUCACAUACGUUCACGGACUUAAAGAGUUUGAGAAAUGCUUGCAUGAGUGAUAGAUAUUGCAAACCUAGAGCAAAGAAUUGUCUUUUAUCUGCACUUCAAGGUUCGGCAUUCAGUAAAUGUCCUUUACAAAGAACCUAUAUAAAAUCAAUAAAUCGGAUGUUCUGA